AUGAAUGCAAGUAGUAAAUCAACAAUUGAAUAUUUUAAUUUCAUAAGAUUUCAAUUAAAUCGUUAUAUUCCAAUAACAUGUCUUAUUCUUGGAAGUAUUGGUCAUAUAUUAAAUAUAUUAGUUUUUACUCGUCCAUUAAUUCGAACAAAUCCAUGUUCAAUUUAUUUUGUUAGUGGUAGUAUUGCAAAUUUUAUUUCUCUUUAUGUUGGUUUAAUAACACCUUUUCUUGGAACAUAUAAUCUUGAUCCAACACAAACAUCUAAUAUUUUAUGUGAAAUACGUUUUUAUCUUCGUUAUUCAACAAUUACACUUUCAACAUGGUUUAUUCUCUUAGCAUGUAUUGAUCGAUUAUUUUCAACUUCUAAUAAUGUUAAUAUUCGAUUAUGGAGUUCAAUAUAUUUAACUAAACGUAUUAUAAUUUUAGCUAUUAUUAUUUGUUUUAUUUGUCCUUAUACACAAGUAUUUUAUUGUUAUACAAUAUCAGGUGCAUCGUGCACAUAUACAAAUCAAACAUGUAAAUUAUUAAAUGAAAUUAUUUUACUUAUAUGUAAUUCUUGUUUACCACCUAUAUUAAUGAUAUUAACUAGUAUAUUAACAAUUCGUAAUGUUAAAUAUUCAAAUCAUGUUGGUGGUGGUGGUUAUUGUUGUCGUCGUCGUCGUCGAGAUGUACAAUUAAUACGAUUAUUAUUUAUACAAGUAUUUUCUUUUAUUCUAUUUGGUAUACCAAUAACAGCACACAAAAUUUAUUCAUAUUCAAUAAUUUAUAUGAUAAAAAGUCCAUUAAGAAUAGCUAUUGAUAAUCUUAUUAAUCAAAUAUCAAUUGAAAUUUCUUAUAUUUGUAAUAGUACAAUAUUUUAUACAUAUUCAUUAACAAGUAAAAAAUAUCGAAAAGAAGUUUUUCGUAUUUUAUCAUUAUUAUUUAUACGUUAUCGAAAGAUUAAAAUAUACCCUAAACAAUCUAUUGGUUCGACAAGAAUAAAUCAAAAUAAAAUAAUUGAAAAAAUACCUAAUGAAUCAUAUAAAUUGAAUAUUCGAAAUAGAAGUGAAAUACUUUGA